AUGAUGGAGACGGACGAAAGCCGACCGGACCCAAGGGAUCUGUUAAAGCAAAGUCAUCCCAGGAGAUGGGAAAUCUUCGUUGAUGAGGCGUAUAAUAGCUGCGGAGGGGGUGUAGGAAUAAUAUUCACCUCGCCUGCAGGCGAGCGAAUAGUAUUUUGUUUUCGUCUGGAAUACAAAGCCACGAAUAAUGAAACCGAGUAUGAGGCAGUAAUACAGGCUCUGAGAAUUGCAAUAGAAAUGGAAUUGGACGAAGUAAGAAUUACUAGUGACUCACAACUAGUAGUUCGUCAGAUUGAAGGAGUGUAUAAUACAGUCGAUCCAGUGAUGAAGAAAUAUCAGCAGCUCGUGCAAGACUUUUCGGCGAAAAUACGAAGUAUCAUAUGGAGAAACAUAAAUAGAGAUCACAAUCGACAUGCAAAUGCAUUAUCCUUCAUAGCUUCCAUGAUUGAGAAUCCAAAAAUCGGGCAUAUUGUGAUUCAGCGGUUGAUGCAGCCGUCAGUAAGCAGAGAAGAAAGAGAACUUCAGGUAAUGACGGUGGAAGGGGAGAAGUCAGUAAUGAGCAAAGAGGAUUGGAGAACACCCAUCUACAGCUACUUGAUGAAAGGAGACUUUCCACGAGAUAGACAAGAGGCAAACAAAAUCAAAAGAAAAUCCACGAAUUACGAGGUGAGAGAAGGGAUCCUUUAUAGGCGAUCAUUCUUGGGUCCACUGAUGAGGUGCUUGUCGCAGGAGGAAGGGAUUGAAAUUAUGAAAUCAAUUCAUUAUGGGGACGCUGGAAACCACAGCGGAACCAGAUCACUAGCUUACAAGACCCGAACACAGGGUUACUUUUGGCCCUACAUGCAUAAAGAUGCGAAAGACAUUUCUACGAGGUGUGAGGCGUGUCAAAGGUUCGGAAAAAGGAUACAUGCACCAGCCACAAGCUUGAACUCAGUAUUGAGCGUGUGGCCAUUCGCCAUGGGGAAUAGAUAUCGUGGGGCCCUUUGUCACGGGGACGAAACAAAGAAGUUCGAAGGGGAGAAUGUGAAGAUUUUGUUCAACACCUUUAAGAUUCAAUCCGGGAAAUCUACUCCAUUAUAUCCCCAGAGUAAUGGACAGGCAGAGGCUACAAAUAAAACGGUGGCAUCCACGUUGAAAAAGAAGCUGGAAGGGCAUCAUAAAGGAUGGUGUGAGCAGAUCCCGAACGUACUAUGGUCAUAUAGAACCACAAGGCGAGAAGCAACAGGAGUAUCACCAUUUUGUUUAACGUACGGAGCAUAG